AAAAGGCGGGUAAUUGUUUUAGGUGAGACCCGAAGAUCCACAUGCACAUCGUGACAUGAUGAUUUAUGGUUUAUAUGGCAAGGUUUCUGGGUAUACAAGCACAGGAGUUUGAAAUCCUAUCAAUAAGGGGAUCUCUAGCAACUGAAAGAAGAAGACUAUUUCCUGUGAUUUUUGUCCAAUGACCACAAGACCACAAGUCUUGCAUGGACUUUCUUGGGUGUAAAGGUCUGUGAGGUGUAUAUAACAAAGGUUAUUGUCAAACGGGGUGUUUUGACACACUGCUGGAUCUAGAUGAAACCAUUGUAAAAACAAAGGAUACUUUACUGGUAAACUUCUGUUGCAAUUUUGGAAAUAGAAAACAGUUAGAGAGGAUCAGGAUUCUGAGAUCACAUUGGACUGAUAGCAUGUGUUAAAGUUUGGAAGACAGCUUUAUACUUAGAAAAGGAAAUAUUAUAUUAGUUAAUUCUACCAAUGUUCUAACAAAGAAGAGAAAGAGAUUGAUUGGUUCAAGUGUGAAUUUUAACAUCUGGAUUAAUCUUCAUUUUCUAGGAUGAUAUAAACAGUUAAUGGAUUAACAUUUUCUUGGUACAGAAGAAGAAAAGAAAUCUAGUUACAUGAUCUUAAAAUCGUUUGAAGAUGGCUGCACAGGAAGAUAAUAUUUCAUCUUAAUUGUGUACAAUAAAUCCAUAGAACACAAAUGGUUGUCCUAUAGGCGGCUCUAACAUCAACAGGAUACCAGUAUACAGGCAUUCCAACAUGGAUCUGAAAUUAUCUGAUCUAUAUUUGUUUUCUUUGAUGAUAGUAAUUAGCUGGACAGGAAUUUUAUCACAAAAACAUGAUAAGCAUGAAGAAGAAGACUCAUCACCAAGUUGGAAACCCAAAUCCAGACCAGCACAGCGUGAUUCCAUAGUAACCAAGAAUGAAGGAAAUGAUGUGAAAUUAACUUGUGGUGUGAAUGGCAGUCCUAAACCAGACAUUUUAUGGUAUAAAGAUGGAAAAGAAUUUGAUGAUACAAAAAGACCAAAGACAAAGAUUCACCGCUACUCACUGAUAAUAAGAGAUGCCCAGGUUGAUGAUAAGGGAGAUUACCAAUGUAUAGUGAGGAAUUUCCACGGCAGUCUAAAUUUUACAUUUUAUGUUACAGUCAUAAAACUGACAUGGCCUUUAGAAGUAGAAGAACCUCAAAAUCAGACUGUUAAUGAAGGCGAUGAUGCUAUAUUUACUUGCCGACCUCUGAAUGAUCCUGAGGCCACAAUUAAAUGGGUGAAAAGGAAUCAAACUGGAUUACAGACAAGUAUUGGUAAAACAUCAGAUAUUUUAGAAAAUAAAGAGAUGUUAGUUAUACGAACUGUUACCAUGAAAGAUGCUGGACAUUAUGUUUGUUUUGUUGGUAAUUAUUUUGGUUUGAAACAAGUGGAUGUAUGGUUGACAGUCAUACCUACACCUACGACUACUACUACAACUACUUCUACUGCAACGACUCCUCCACCAACUACUACGACUACACCAACUACCACAACAACAACUACAACAACAACCGAACCAACUACUACAACAAAUCCAACUACAACCACUACAACAGCAGCAACGACAACAAUGAAAGCACCAUUCUGGCCAGAACCAACACCGGACUGGGAUAAUGUCGAUGAGUUUGAUAAUCAGGAUGAUAAACAACGCAAAAAGGAUAAGAAGAAAAAGAAAAAGAAAGAUAAGAAGAAGAAAAAUAAGAAAGAUAGAAAGAAGAAGAAAAAGAAUAAAAAGAAAAAUAGAGAAGACACAUCAUAUAUGCAACCUGAGAUUUAUGAUAAAAACUAUGUGGACACCAAUACACCAAGCCCAGACAAUUGGUUUGAUAGGACAGGCCGUAUCGAUCCUAAUGAUCCAUACGAUCAAGAAACUGUACCAGAACCCUUUAAUCCAACAUCAGAAAACGAUCAGAUGAUUCCCUACGGAGAAAACACAAAGGACGAAACAAUCGAUUACAGUGAUGUGGAUUUUACUGGCAAAACACAGGGUGAAAAUGCAAAUCAGAAAAAGUCUGCCGAAAAAGAUAUAGAUGUGUGGACUAUAUAUAUAAUUGUCGGCUCGGUGGCAGGAGGGGUGCUGUUAAUUGGAGUUGUGGCUAUUGUAGUGGCAUUAUGUUGUAAUCGAUAUGAGGAGGAUGGUUAUAAACACACAAAUGUUUGACUAUAGGAGAGAUUUCCAUGGUAACAAACAUUUAAUGAGGAAUACUUCAAGGAAAUUUUGCCAUGGAAAUUGAAGACCUAAGGAUUAUUAAACAUAAUUAUGUAGACUUUAAAAUACAUUUAUAGCAUUGUUGUUAUUGAUAGUUCAAAGAUAUAACAAAAAUAUCAAAAUGGACGGAGAUAUUGAAUUUAAGAAAUGACCAAAGUGCAAUAAAUGUUUCUUGAGUAUACUGAAAGACACUUGAUGUGCAAGAAGAAUAUUUUUCUAUAUGUUUGUUUAAAACUUUGAAGACACUACAUGUGCAAGAAGUAUACUUUUCUUUAAGUAUUUAUUUAUAUGAAUGUGUAAACUUUAUAAGACUUCCUAACAAACGGUGCAGACCAAUUGGACAAUACACACAUGACUAUUAUCAAUAACUGAUAUGUGUGUUAUGGAAUAGUAACUGGGAUGUUUAAAGGCAAUACAAAGAGGAUAAAUACAUAUAAUAGUGAUUUGUAUUUGUUGCUAGUUAUAACAUUGUAUGAUCCAAUGUAUUGCAUUGAAGCAGGUCGAUAUGGUCCUGGUAUAUAUAAAUAUGUAGAUUUAUAACACUGGAAGGAAUACAGUGUUUCAUGUCUAUUUAAUUGCUUGGUUUUAUAAAAAAUACAUGUCAAAUUUGUCUUGACAUUCAUAAAAUUGAUAAUAGCACUCUUAUAUAAAAAGUUUUAUAAAAAAUACAUGUCAAAUUUGUCUUGGCAUUCAUAAAAUUGAUAAUACAUUCUUAUAUAAAAAGUUUUAUAAAAAAUACAAUUCAAAUUUGUCUUGGCAUUCAUAAAAUUGAUAAUAGCAUUCUUAUAUAAAAAGUUUUAUAAAAAAUACAUGUCAAAUUUGUCUUGGCAUUCAUAAAAUUGAUAAUAACAUUCUUAUAUAAAAAGUUUUAUAAAAAUUACAUAUUAUAUUUGUCUUGGCAAUCAUAAAAAUAAGAUGAUUACAACAAGAAUAGAAUACAUUUGUUAUGUAAAUAAUAAUAAAAACAACUGAUUAAUUGUCUCUUACACAUUGACAUGUAAAUUAUUUGUUAUUUGCGAGACCAUCAAAAUUGAUCUUAAAUAAGUAUAUAACAAUUUUUUAUUAAAAACACCAAUAAGGCCAAAUAUGAUUCAGAAAAUCUAUAUCAUAGAAACUGACAAUAUAUACAAAGUGUAUGAAUGGAAAGAUAUGGACACAAUCCCAAAAUUAUAGGUAAGGGUUAGAUCCUGGUAAGACUUUCAUCAAACUUUCAGUAAUUGUUCAUUGUUCAGGUUAUCUAAAUCAAUCUUACCUAUUCAUACUAUUUGUUCUACAUUAGGAUAUAAGUUUUAUAAUGUCAAACUAUAGUGCUUUAUUUAUAUUCAGUGAAGAUGAACUGAAAUAUCUGGAAUACAAAUAUAAUUUAAUAAUGAUUAUUCAUUAUGGUCAAAUAAUACACUUAUCACAGUUUACAGUGUUUUCUAAAGGGAGAUAAUCAGACUGUUUAACAGUGUUUGUUAAAGGGAGAUAAUUUGACUGUUAAAAAGACUUUUGGUCAAUUAUAGAUUUUUUUAAAAAUCAUAAUUGCAUACAUAUGUUAGUCUGAGUAUUUGUUUUUAUAUAAGUCAAAUAUUACUAAAUUUUUAUCCACAGAAGUUAUUUUAACACCUAACAUGACAUUAUUUUCACUGUUAUCAUUCAAAUCAGGGAUUUUUUUUAAAGAAUAAUAAUACUCAACAUUUUAUUGUCUGUUUGUUGUAAUUUUGUUUAAUUAUUUAUGAGUGUUCAUGUGUUUUGUGUUUUAUAUGGUCAUAUAUGAUCCAACAAUAUUAAGUAUAUAUGUUAUAUCUACGUUUUUCUUCAGUUUAUAUCUAUUAGUUAUUUUGAGAGAUAAAAUAUAUGUCUUACAGUUUACACUAGCUUUAAAAUAAAAAUUAAAAGAUUUUGAAAGGGGACUAUAUUUGUAUCAACUUAUAUUAUUAUCAAACACCAGAGGUGAACAGAAAUAUUCUACAUGUGAUAGUAAAAUAGAAUUGUUACAUAUUGAUAACAUUGUUACAUAUUAAUAACAUUGUUACAUAUUGAUAACAUUGUUACUAUUAAUAACAUUGUUGCUUAUUGAUAACAUUGUGUUUUAUUUUGACAAUCAAUUGUUAGAUCAUACAUUUUACAUUGUCUUUUAUUAUACUUCAAGUUAAAAUACCAGAUUGACUAAUAUAAGGGAGAUAAUUUACUUUAUCUAAUGGCUGAGCCUAAGUUGACAAUGUUUUCUAGGUGUAACACUCAACUCUAGUACCCUCUCAGCUAUGUGUUUAUUUAUAUAUCACUACAUAACAUUUUAAGAAAUCCUUCCUGUCCACAUACUUUUCAAUAUAUACCUAGUCAGCAGUUUUUUUAAACUUAUUUUACAUAACAAAUAUUACUAUACUGCAAUUUUUUGGACAAUAUGUACAGAGCUAAGCAAACCUUAAGACAGGUAGGGUUAUACCAAAGAAUUGUUCAAAGACAACGGGUAACUUGUUUUGAAUGGCUUUAAUAUUUUAUUUUCAUCUUUCUUAUUUAAGUUUUAUUUAAUAUUGUAAAGAUUGAAGCAGUUGUUUUAUAGUGUUUAUAAGUAUAUGCAUGAUUUGUUAUGUAUAUAUUAUGUCUUGGCUAAAUGUAUUUGUUCUGCACUCCUUCAACUAAGAAAUUAUAAUGAACUUUGUAUAUAUUCACCUCUGAAAAUGUGGCAUAUAUAAGUUUAUCAUUUUCAGCUGACUAAGAUUGUCUUUAUAUUCAUAGUGUAAUUGAAACAUUGUUCUAUAAUGAGAUACCAGUAUUGUAUGUAAAGAUUCUGGGGACAUCAAUUUGCAAUUUGAUAGUUACAAAUUUAUUUUAUUAGAGACAUGUUACUUGAUCCAGUAAAGGUAUAUUUGCAACCAUCAAAUAACAAAUUGUGGCCUGCAAAUCUUGAGAUACAAUGGUGGUGUUUCAGUUCUAAUUGACAGGGUUAAUUUUUUUCAUGUAUUUUGAUACUCAUUUUCAUGAUAUUUGCAGCUGCACAGAUAAUUCCAGACAGUCAGUCAAGAAAAAGAACACUUCAAAUUGACCUUCAUUUGAAACAGCUGCCAUUUACAAAAUACUGUAUGAAGACAGCAAACUUUUUUUUUCUGCGGUAAAUAAAUGAAAAUAUUUUCAAGAGGUAUUGUUUAAUCAUAAAGUAUGGAAUACCUCUUCUUGAAAUUUAAAUCAUUGCUCAACAUUUUCACACUAUCAUUUAAGACACUGUUUAGAAAGUACAUUGAAGUUACUGUUUCAAUAAAUCAAAGCACAGAUGUAAAGCAAUUUAUUUGAGAAACAUGGUUACAAUAACUAGAUAGUAUUGAUGGUGCAUUUUUUUUAAGUGUUUCAAUAAUUGAUAUAUCAUUUAUUUAUGUUUAGUUCACAGCCCUUCAUAAUGGAGAAUAGAUUAUGAUAAAUAAAUUUCUUAGAAAAUGU